GCGUGUCAGUGUAAUUGGAUGCGGCUUUCUUUAUUCGUGUCGGUAGUUGGUAAAAGUCAUUCGACGACGUUGGUUCUGUGGGUGAUCGAACAUCGUCUGCCCGGGGAAACGGUGGUUUUCUUGUAAAAAUGGUUGCGAUAAAAGGCCGCAAAAGUUCGAAUAAGAAUCCUCCGAUAUUCAGCCAUGAGUUUAUCAUUCAAAACCAUGGAGAUAUCGUUUCUUGUGUGGCUAUGAUCUUUGUGACUGGUCUAAUGGUGCAGGCAACAUCACCAUGGGCGUACAUGUUCAUAGCUAUUCAUCACAAUGUAACCUCGGACAUCGAAAACCCAACUGUGCCAAUGAAAUAUGUUAUCGGUUGGACGGACGCCUGUGCCGUAUUCUUUUAUUUCUUGAUAACAAUUGUAAUGCACGCCGUGUUCCAAGAAUAUAUCUUCGAUAAAAUUUCUAAAAGGCUUCACCUCAGCAAGGUAAAGCUUGCUAAAUUCAACGAAUCCAGUCAACUUGUAUUAUUUUAUGCCUUAUCCGCCAUUUGGGGUAUAGAUAUAAUUGUCAGAGAAGAUUUAAUAUUGAACAUAACUUCGUUGUGGAAAGACUAUCCAGCGCCGUUAACCUUCUUCUCAAAGUUGUUCUUUAUCGGUCAGCUUUCUUAUUGGCUGCACUGUUACCCCGAAUUAUACUUCCAGAGGAUAAAGAAAGAAGACAUUCCAGCCCGUAUAGUCCAAGCCACUGUCGGAUUACUAUUUACUCUCGCAGCCUAUGUUCUUAACUUCCAACAAGUAGGGAUCAUACUGUUGGUUUUGCAUUAUAUAGGAGAUGCUAUACUCCAUGGAGCGAGAAUUGGUCACUUUGUCAGUAAAAAGGAAAAGGUAACAAAAAUGGCAUUUUUGAUCGCAAAUACGAUAUAUAUUUUUGUACGCGUUGCGACAUUCGCCAUCGCAACUUUAGUGUUCCUAUAUGGCUUGAGCCAAGUUGAAAAUUCAUUCGAUUAUGCGGCUGGAAACUACAACAUUCCGGUCAUACGAUUUUCAGCUUUAAGUAUUAUCGUUGUCUUCCAAGCCUACCUUUCUUACGUGCUCAUCACGAGACAAAUUAAGCGUGCUCGUGAAAAUGCAGCCCCCGUGCAAGUAACUGUAAAAUCGAAACAGAAACCGAAAAAGAAGGAAGGGAAGAAAUCUGUUGUCUCCGAGGACGAUGAUUUACCGGAGGUUGAUCAGGCGACUAAAAAGAACCUUAGGUCCCGUUCAUCUACGAAAGCGAAGUAGAAACGUACCCGAUUAAAGAGAUUAAUCCAAGGCUGAUUUAAUAUUUGUUUUCAUUCAUAUGUACAUUAUAAGUAGGAUUUCUAAUACAUACUCUAUUUACAUCGAGACGUAAUCAGAACUAGUAUUUGUGACAUCUUCCACUAUUGUAACAUUACAUCAAAAUAGCAACUUAUCGUGCGUAUAUUUUUUUUUUUUCAUAACAUAAUUCAUUUUCUUGUAAACUGUAGAUAACGCUGGCUCUAAUAGAUAAGAACAUUAAGAUAUUGUAUAAAAUGUUUUAUACACAUUGUAUACAUCAUACGCAGGGAAUGAGUUUUAUUACUACUUUCUAAGCUACAAAAUAUUUAGUUAUAAUUCCCAAAGAAACCAUUCUACCGCGUUUAACAAAUUUCCUUCGAGAGUAUAAAGUAGAUAUAAUCAUGAUAUUGAACAAAUUAAUCGAUCACUUUCAAAUUGGCGGUGUAUAAGAUGCGACACGUUAAAUAAAAUCAAUAAUUUAUUAACCAGCUAUAAAUUCAUUUUUAAGCUAAUGACCAGUUACACGAACACAGCACAUCCAUCGUUAUUGAAUACCUAAACUGUAUUUUUAUACGAGAACAAAUUAAAUAUACAUCAAAGAACUUAAAAGUAUUUUUCAGUUGACAAGGAAGGUUCAUAAGAUUAAUUUCGUUCUUUUGAUACAUGUAAUGUAUACAGCGCAUGAAUUUUAUAUGCAAAACAAAAAAAAAAGAAAAGUACUUUACAAAAUUAAAUCAUUUACGGUAUGCCAUUAAAAUUAAAAAAUAAGUUAUAACUACAAAUGACGAAACGAGUCAUUUCGACCCCCUUGAUAGUUUAGUGGUAAUGUGU